AAGCAGCAGCCGACGCCGCCCGAGCCGCCAGCUCCUCUCUGCCAAUCAGUCCCCGAUUUCACCUCCCGCGAGAGAGGAAUCGGGUCUGCCCCUUGCGCUCGUGCCGCUGAUUAGACAGAGGGAAGCUGACACCACAGAGGACAGCCGCCGGGCCAAGAAACAACAUGUGGGAGCUGAUAGGCAAAGCGGCCGUGGCCCUCGUGGCGGCGCGCCUCGGCUGGUCCGUCCUCAAGGGGCUCUACGGGUCCUUCCUGGCGGCGGCGCUGGGGCUCAACCUCAGGGUCAAGAAGACGGGCGAGUGGGCAGUUGUAACUGGAGCAACUGAUGGCAUUGGUAAAGCUUAUGCAUUUGAGCUGGCACGACAAGGAAUGAAAGUGGUCUUGGUCAGCAGAACACCCUUCAAAUUACAGAAUGUUGCUGCAGAAAUUAACAGUAAAUAUGGAACCGAGACAAAGAUCAUUGAUGUGGACUUCACUAAGAGCGACAUCUAUGACCGCCUGAGGAAAGAACUGGCUGGCAUGGACAUCGGUGUUCUUGUCAACAAUGUGGGAAUGAGCUACGAUCACCCAGAGUAUUUCAAUAACCUGGAGAACGGAGACGAGUAAGUGGUCUUUCGUUCU